CUCUCCCGCCAGUGAUGGCUUCCUUCUACUCGGACAACUCAUCAGUCCCUCCAUCGUCAGUGCACCACAGUGCCAUGGACGUCGACCAGACGGCGGACCAAUCCAACCUUCAUGACCUGCCUGCCGACUUCGAGGACGAAGCCGAGGUGGAUGAGCUGGACUCGGAUUCAACGGAAGCGGAAGAGGACACCGCCCAGGCCGAGCAGCCCGGCCAAAAAAAGACAGGCAAAAAGGUCUACUCGCGCGCACCAGGCUCGACCACGCUCCCCGUGUCGCGGCUAGAAAAUAUACUGCAGGCGGAUGGUGUGACAGGUGCGCUGACUAUGUCUAAGGAAGCUUCAUUUGUCCUAUCCGUGGCAACGGAGGAGUUCAUAAAGCGAAUGGCUCAGGCAGGUCACCGCGAAGCGUCGUCACAGCGUCGGAACAUGGUCCAUUAUGCUGACAUGGCCAUGUCGGUGCAGCAAUAUCAAGAGUUUAUGUUUCUUCAGGAUACGAUACCGCAAUCAAUCUCGCUUGAAGAGGCCUUGCGGCUACGAGAGGCGAAGGAAAGAGAAGACGCAGAUGGCAUCCCAGCUAUGUCAGCUUUUUCACAGCAACUCCAGUCCGCGUCUAUUGUACCACCUUCAAGCUCGGCACAAACAAAUGGCAAGGCGGCCAUCGCUAAGGGAAAGGCGAAGGCUCUUGCCAACGGGAAAGAAAAGCCGUCCGUGACCGCCAACUCGAGUUCAACAGCUCGCGAAUCUUCACACCGAGAGGGUAGCAGGCGACACUCGAGCACAGACGAACACCCUGAAGGGCGCGUCUCAUCGCGGUCAAGUAGGAGCAGAUCCGCGCGGGAGACACGGAGUGUCUACGAGGAAGUCAACGGCAAUGGUGUUUAUGGUCUACCUAGCGCGUCAUGGAAUGGGCAUAGUACGCCGCCACGGAGGAGCGCGCACACAGACUCGCGUUCUCCCUAUGCGCACGAUUCAAUGCCAGCGCAAGAAUACGCCUCUCCCGGAUCUGGCUGGGCAGGCCAGUACACUGGUCCUGCAAGCGGGUUCAUACAGGACUCGAGUGGUGGGUUCGCAGGAGUGCCGCAAAACCCGGGACGCACGAUAUACUCGCAGCAGUGGCCUGAAAACGGACUAUACCGAUAGCCGAAAUCACUGCUCGCAAAUGCCCGCAUCUCUAAUGUUCAUAUGCAUAGUCUGUAAUAACUCACUUUUGAUGUCGUGUUAUUAGAAUAUUUUGUUGACUGUAGACCACGACGCAUCACUCAAUUGG